CCUCAACCGUAAAUACAACCUCGAUUAGGGGCAUUUACGUCCAAUUAUUUCUAUAUAACCCCCAACCCCUUUCCCAUACUCAUCUCACCCUUCACCCCCAAAUCCACACUCCGUCAUCUCUAAUCUCACAGCCACCCCAAACACCUCUCUUACACUCAAUCUCACACCUUAACAUAGUUCAGUACAAACUCUCUCGCACUUGUUACAGGCUUGCACUUUUCAAGCUACUACCAAAUUCUCUUGAGAGUGUUAAAUCAACAAUACCACAAUUCUUGUGUUCAACAAAGAUGGGACUCAUUGUGCUGUUUUGGAUCACUCUUACUGUGUUUGUCGUUGGUUCUGUCGUUAAUGCCUGCCCGCCGGCUGACCGGGAAGCACUAUUGUCCUUAAGAAAUGCCCUUAAUGAACCCUACUUGGGCAUCUUCAACACAUGGGCAGGCACAGACUGCUGUACCAACUGGUACGGCGUUAGCUGCGACCCCACCACCAAUCGUGUGGCCGACAUCAACCUCCGUGGAGAGUCCGAAGACCCGAUAUUCGAAAAAGCCGGCCGGUCCGGUUACAUGACUGGUUCACUCUCUCCCUCUCUCUGCCAACUCGACCGGCUCACAACCCUCGUUGUCGCCGACUGGAAAGCCAUCUCCGGCAACAUUCCGGCAUGCAUUACUUCCCUCCCCAACCUUCGAAUUCUUGACCUCAUCGGAAAUAAAAUCUCCGGCGAAAUUCCGGCGGGCAUUGGCUCGCUGAGUCGACUCACUGUCCUCAACCUCGCCGACAACCAAAUCACCGGCUCAAUCCCUAGUUCAAUCGUCAAUCUCUGUAGCUUAAUGCACCUGGAUCUAAGCAACAACAAAAUCUCCGGCCAAAUUCCGACAGAUUUAGGAAAACUCACCAUGAUGAGCCGAGCUUUACUGAAUCGAAACCAACUCACCGGAUCAAUUCCUACUUCAAUUGCUAAUAUUUACCGACUCGCCGAUUUAGAUCUCUCCAGGAACCAAAUUUCCGGCUCAAUCCCAUCCCAACUCGGAUCAAUGCCGGUUCUAUCAACCCUAUAUCUAGACAGCAACCACAUCUCCGGCGGAAUACCGGAAACUUUAUUAAAAAACACCGGUUUUAACAUUUUGAAUCUGAGCAGAAAUUCAUUAGAAGGGUAUUUACAGGAUGUUUUUCACUCCAAAAGCUACUUCACUGCACUCGACUUAUCGUACAAUAAUUUGAAAGGUUCGAUUCCGAAAUCGUUGUCGGCGGCGAGGUAUAUCGGACACUUGGAUUUGAGUCACAACCAUUUCUGCGGUCCGAUUCCUAUGGGGGCUCCGUUCGAUCACCUUGAAGCGUCGUCGUUUGCUAACAAUGAUUGUCUGUGUGGAUCGCCGUUGAGAACUUGUUAGUGUUUCGUGUGUGUUAGUAUUAUCGAAAUAUAAGGUUGUUAUUUGUAUUAUUAUCGUAAACAGGGUGUACUCAAGUGUAAUUUUAAUGUUGAUGUUGUCAAGUCAGUGUUUAUGGUUUUAUGUGAAACAAAAAAGAUUGAGGUUUCAGUUUCAUUAUUCAUGCACGUGAAAAUGUGCUGAAAACUACUUUAAAGGAAGAAUAAAGGAGGAUGAGAAAAGAUUAGGUACGUGCUUUGUAUGGGUAGAGGUGGUGGAGUCAGAAACUUCGCUUAGAGUAGAU